AUGCUUGUCCUCAAGUCCCUCGUUCCUCUGGCUUCCCUCCUGGGCCUCGCCAUCGCCAGCCCCAUUGAGAAGUCUGAGGCCAAGCCCCUCGAGGUCCGCCAGUCUGCCACCACCUGCGGUUCCACCUCCUACACCGCCGCCCAGGUCCGCGCCGCUGCCAACGCCGCCUGCUCCUACUACCAGGCCGGCGACACCGCCGGCAGCUCGACCUACCCUCACACCUACAACAACUACGAGGGUUUCGACUUCGCCGUUAGCGGCCCGUACCAGGAGUUCCCGCUUCUCAAGAGCGGUGUUUACACUGGUGGCUCUCCCGGCGCCGACCGUGUUGUCAUCAGCACCUCCUGUGGCUACGCCGGUGCCAUCACCCACACCGGCGCCAGCGGCAACAACUUCGUCGGCUGCUCCGGCACCUCGUAA